AUGGGAUUGGCCGGCCUUGUUGAGCGCGCAAGGCUCCCUUACGUCUCGCAAUGGAUUAAUGAUGAUAUUCGUCCCGUGGAGGCUGCCAGGCGAACAUGGGGCUUCUGGACCUUUCAUAAUUACUGGCUGCUGAUCAACUGCAACAUUGCAACUUUCCUCACGGGAAGCGCACUGAUACCCCUGGGCCUCAAUUAUUGGCAGGCUAUUAUUGCCAUUAUCAUCGGAAAUAUCAUUGCCACCACUGCAAUUGUCAUCAGCUCACUGUCGGGAGCCUACUAUCACAGUAAUUACCCUCCUCGCGUGCCUCACCAAAAGAACUUCAGUGUGUUGAUCAGUUUCUCUGCAGUUGGCUUUUCUGUGUACAGCCGUGCCGUCUGGGGCAUGUGGGGGUCUCAAUUUGCGAUUUGGAACCGUAUAUUCUUGUGUCUUGGUAUGUUGUACGGCUUUCAGUCAUGGGUUGGCGGCCAAUGUUUCGAGCUCAUCUUGCUCUCGUGGGAUCCCAACUAUGAGUCUCACAUCCCCAACCACAUGCCUGCUUCGACGGGCAUGACCACGGCCCAAUUUGUGUCGUACAUCAUCUUUUUCAUCAUCAGCCUUCCAUUCGUAUGGAUCAAGCCGCACCGUCUGCAGAAAUUCUUCUACUUCGCCAGCGCGGUGACCAUGGUAUUCUUCGUAGUGCUCUUGAUUUGGGCUUUGGCAACCAUGGGCCACGGAGGUUUUGGUGACACCAUUGACUCAGCGACCACGAUUCCCAAGACCGGUGGCCCGGGCAGUCUCGCCUGGCUCAUGAUAUAUGGAAUCAUGUCCACCGUUGGUUCCAUUGCCGCCGGUAUCUUGAACCAGAACGACUUUGCGCGUCUGUCGAGGAAGCCGAUGGAUGCCGUCUGGGGCCAGCUCAUCCCAUACGGCGUGUACAGCAUCCUGACAUCGGUCAUUGGCAUCUUGGUUGUCGGAGCCACGCAGCGGAGAUUCGAUGGAGAGGCCGUCUGGAACCCACCGACCAUCUUUGUUCGCCUAUUGGAAAAGGACAACAGCCCGGGGACCCGCGCCGCGCUCUUCUUUGCGGGGGUUGCCUUGUGCAUCUCGCAAAUCGGCAGCAACGUGCCCGGAAAUGCGCUGGCCGGCGGCAUCGACCUGUCGUCGGUGUUCCCGCGAUACAUCAACAUCCGCAGAGGCGCCUACAUCACGGUGAUGCUGAGCCCGAUUGUCAACCCCUGGCAGCUGGUCAACACGGCGACGACGUUCCUGUCGGUGCUGUCUAGCUACGGCGUCUUCCUGGCGCCGAUGACGGGCAUGAUGUUUGCCAACUACAUCUUUGUGAACAAGCGCAAGGUCAAGGUGGACGAUCUGUACCACGGCCACAGCGGCAGCAUAUACUGGUACAAAUAUGGCAUCAACUUUCGUGCCCCCAUUGCAUGGGCCGUGGGGGUUGCUCCAACCCUGCCCGGCUUUAUCGCGGCCGUCAACCUGUCCGUGUCGCUGCCCGCCGGCAUGACGGAGCUCUAUUUCCUCAACUACCUGUACGGGUUUCUGUCCAGCGCCGUCGUUUAUGCGCUGCUCCACUGGAUCUUCCCAGCCAGGGACGUUGAUGAUUUUGUCAAGAAUGCCCCCAGCGCCAGGGAGGUCCAGCGGCAUUACACAGACCGCUGGGAGGUGGAUCUGUCCCAAGCAGGCCACAUCCUGUCAGACGACGACGGCUCGGGAAUUACGCAUCUGGACGUCAACACAAAGCAUGAGCCCACUGCCGUAUUUUGA